AUGUCGAUCAACUCAUUUAUCAGCUUCGCAAAACAAUACAAUAUCUGCUUAGCCAAAGAGAAGCCCGACGAAUACGUUCCAAUCCCAAUUUCAGACGUUUACCAAGAUGGCAUCAACGUGAUGAAAGAGGACUUCAAAAAUUGCAAAGGCGGACUAGAUCGAUUGAAGCCAUCCUACAUGUUUGACCAAGAUAUGGAUGUUGAUUCCGCCAAUGCCGACGAUUCCAAUGAUUCUGAUUGGUCCAAAGAUUCCAGCGCAACCGAUGAUUCCGACAAUUCCCAGAUGUGUCUAUCUGCGGCUUCAGCGGCUCGAGCUUUCUUGAUUGGAAGAAGUCGCCGGCAAAUCCCCUCUAGCACGCCUUUCCUCGGCUUCAACGGCUUCGGCAGCUCGGACUCGCUUGAAACCUUCCAACGCUUGCGCAUUCCUCAGCAACUGCGUUGGCUUCCGCAGCAGUGA